AUGGAGGUGGAGGUGGCGGAGAAAGAGUUCAACAUCAAGGCCAGUGUGAAAUUUGUUCACGUGUGGGCACAGGGGAAUGAAGUCAGUCUGGUGGAUUCCUGUGGACAGAGCAGCAGGGCUGAUGGGAUCAUUAUCAACUCGCAUCAAGAAUCUCAAAAGGGCUAUUUUGUCACUGUUGGGACUGACUGUGAGUUCACAAUGGAGGCUACUUCCCCCAAGGACAAAAUUCAGUUCCAGUUUAGAUUCUUCUUGGUCUACAGUCUGCUCCGAGAGUCUUCUAUCCUUCAGCCUACGACUGCCCUUCAAUUACUGCAGCACAAUGUGACAGGAUCUCUGUCUCUGCUGAGUACCACCAGACCAGGACAAAGAGUGGGCAUGCCACAUCGGGCAGAGGAGGUUACUGACACAUGCAAUGCUGGAUCAUAUGUACAAUUUUAUGAUGGCAAGGAUAGACGUUCACCACCAAUUCGCUCCCUUCUAUGUGGGAAGAGGAUCCCCAAGCCAGUUUUAUCAACUGGGAAUUACAUGACGCUGAGACUGGUUACUAGAGGUCAACAACCCCGAGUGGACUUUGUUGGAGAUUUCACAUCUUUUCAACCAGGUUUCAAGUCUUCAACAUGCAGUGAAGAACAAUAUUUCCAAUGUCAAAAUGGAAAGUGCAUUCCCAAGAGUCUGGUCUGUGAUUCACAAGGUAUUGAUAACUGCGGGGAUGGCAGUGAUGAAUCUGAACUUCUUCCAUCAAAAUGCAAAGAGAUCUUGUUUAGCUCAGCCAGUGUUGGUAAAGGCAACCCAAGCACUAUGGAGCCUAACAAUUCACUGUCACGUUCCGUCAACUUCACUGCUCUUUGUCAAACACCAAAUAGACAUCAUCACCUUCUACCAAACAGUGUUCCUUAUCCAGACUCCGUCACAGACAACAAGUCAUACCUUUCACUGCUCACACUCUACAUCGUCCUGGGAGUUAUCGCUGGAGUGGUCCUGCUGUUCUGGUGUUGCUGGUUACCAGGCUGGUUUAUUUGGAGGCUCAGUAUCUGCAGAUUCCUCCCAUGCUGUAACUCCUUCUGUGCAGCCUGUCAGCUCUGCACACAUAGCUGCUGUCAUAACGACAACAGUCGACUGGCCAAGGUCGCACCACAGAGCACAGUGCCUGUAUCUGUGUAA